AUGCGUCGUAUCACAUUACGUUGGAUUUUAUCAGCUAUUGGAAUAUCUAUAUGCUGUCUUAUAUUGGUAUUUAUAAUAAGUAACUUCGGUGAUAAUACUCGUAUAAUAGAACAGAAACUAGUUAAAUGUGAUUGUUCAUCAACACAAAGUUCAUUUUCUCAAAUAACUCCAACAAAAUCAAAUCUUACUCGAAAUGAAUCCAUAUUAAAACCAUGUAAAGAAAUUCAAAAAAGUUCUCCUGUACAACGUGCCAUUGUUAUCUAUUAUCCACAUCAUCAAAGUGAAUAUUUUUUUCCAGAAGUCAGAUGGCUUUAUCGCUCAUGGGUUGAAAUGUUACUUGGUCAACCAUCAACAUGGAGAACAGAUUUUGUGAUAUUUACAUAUAAUUUUUCGAUUGAAUUUCGACAACUUGGUUGUGUUAAUCAUAUACGUCAAGAUAAAGAAGAACCAUCUAUUUGUCGUCUUUUUCUUUAUGUACCAGUACAAUUUCGAACAAAAAAUAUUACAAAUAAUAACUUUCAACAUGCAUUUGAUGAUGCAAAACGUGUCAUGAAAUCAUAUAAAGAUAUGAAUGAUUCAUUUAUUAGUGUACCAUUAGUAACUGAUACAGAAACAUUUGAUGCUAAACGUUCAGAAUCUCUAUAUGAAAAUCUUCGAUCAUAUGGUUAUAUUGAUUCAAUUAAUGCAAUUUAUGAAGGCUAUUGGACCUUUAAAAUGUAUGAUUUUAUUUUACGUACUGAUAUUGAUGUGUUUAUUUAUCGUCAUUUUGCAACAUAUAUUCCAUCAAAUUGUACUUUCAUAACUGGUGGUGGUGGUUAUGGUACAGAUUUUAAUCGACGUAAAUUGAGACGUAUUGCUAAUGAUAUGGGUUUUGCACAUGCUAGUAUAUCUGGCAUGGGCUCUACUUGGUAUGGUUCACCAUAUGAUGGAUAUCUAGUCGCUAAUCAAACAUUACAUGGUAUGUUAUGGUUAGCACAAUAUGAAUUUGCUAUACCAGAAAGAGAAUCUAAAUUAGGAACAUUGAUGUGGCCUGAAUGGCAUUAUGGUGUUUUACUUUUAUAUGGUCAACAUUUAGCUUUAAAUCAUUUAGUUGCUACAAAUCAAAUUCGAAUACUAAUAGGUACAUAUAUACUUGAUCAAUCGACAACAGACAAUACGGUGCAAUAUAUUACAGAAGGUACACGUCUUAAUUUACAUUGUUGGCAUACAGAUCAACGGUUUUCGAAAUUUGCUUUUAAAAUGGGUCAUUAUAAUCAAAGUGAAUUAGCAAAACAUAAAAAUGAUAAGACUGCUCAAUCUUAUGCAAUGCGUAUGGCACUUGAAUCAAAAUAUAUGACACUUGAAGAAAUGGCUGCAUAUGGAAGAAAUAAUUCUUCGUCAUCUUAA